UUCAUCGCACCUGAUUGAGUUAUAUCGCGACACUGCUCGAUCUGUCCAACAGCCUGCUCUACUCUGCAACAAACACCUACACAACACCACUAAAUAUGGCAAACAUCCUCAGUCUCGCCAACGAGACGCUCGACCAUGUGUUGAGUUACGUUGAUCCAAACGACUUCCCCGCCGCUCGCAGCACAUGCAGAAGAAUGCACACAUCGGUGAACGAGCGCUUCGCGUCAACAUACUUCUCAACCCGUCACCACGUCUUUUCUAUGUCAAGCAUGAUGACGCUGUACGAGAUCAGCGUUGAUCCAUUCUUCGCGCCGUUUGUACUGCACAUCGAGUUCAACACCACCUGGACAUUUGGCGUGGAGACAUUCGUGUACGAAACCAACACUUUCCCAUCAGACCACCCAGCAUACCUCGCCAGCAAGCCAACGUUCACAGAGCUUUUGGGCACCAUCAGGAUCUUGCUAAAGGCUUUGGAUAACUUGAAAGUGUUCCAAUCGAGUUUGGGUCUGGGGUUCAACGACUCCAGCCAUCUUGGACCCGUGUCCGAGCUGACACGACUCCUCCGUCACCAAGAUACGAAGCGUUUCGAGCGUUCUCCCACGGGCAACGUUUGUGCACUUGUCUUGAGUUGUCUCAGGUCAAAGGAAAUCUCUAUCAACACCCUCCAAUUCAGAGUCGAGGCUCUCCAUGCGUCUGACGUGAGACAGUUAAUCAAAGAAGAAAAAACUCUGGUGUGUGAGCACGACGAGCAUAACAUCUACUCAAUUUGCCCUGACAUGUAACUCAAGAUUGAGAUCGGCGAGGCUCGUGACGACAAGAUUCGUCCAUGUGGUCUUGUAUGGACGCCAAAGAACCACUGUCUCAAGAUCAAAGGCCUGGGAAGAUGGAGAAGAAUGUGUUUCGAAAAGGUUUCUUCUCUUACUCGCGACA